CGAAACAAAACAACCAAGAACCAAUCUCUCUCUCUCUCUCUCUCUCUCUCUCUGUUGCUGCGUUUCUCCUUUCAAUGCCAUAUUCCAAGAUUUCUCCAACCCUUAAUUGCCUUCCUUCACACCCAUCAUCAUUCCAAACCAGCAGGCACUUCUGGAAGGCGCGCAUGCACGUCGCACCAUUCCUUCUGCGUGUACUAUGGCACUCCUCACUUCUUUUAUAACUUCAUUCACAUUAUUAUUAUUAUUUGUGAUUAUGAUAACUAGUGCUUCAGACACAGGAUCUCUCCUCAAAUUCAGAGACUCCCUUGAAAACAACAAUGCAUUGUUGUCCUCAUGGAAUGCAUCCAUCCCUCCAUGUUCGGGUUCAUCCCACUGGCCUCGCGUUCAGUGUUACAAGGGACACGUGUCGGGGUUGAAGCUCGAGAACAUGAGGCUCAAAGGUGUCAUUGACGUCCAAUCCCUCCUGGAGUUACCAUAUCUCAGAACCAUAAGCCUCAUGAACAACGACUUCGACACUGAAUGGCCUGAUAUCAACAAAAUUGUGGGUUUGAAGACCCUUUUCCUUUCAAAUAACAAUUUCUCCGGGGAGAUUCCGGCCCAGGCUUUUCAGGGCAUGCAGUGGUUGAAGAAGAUUCAUCUCUCAAACAACCAGUUCACAGGUCCUAUUCCAACUUCCCUCGCAUCCAUGCCUAGGCUUAUGGAGUUGAGGUUGGAGGGAAACCAAUUCACUGGCCCCAUUCCCAAUUUUCAACAUGCAUUCAAAUCAUUUAGCGUAGCCAAUAAUCAAUUGGAGGGAGAAAUACCAGCCAGCCUCCAUAACAUGCCACCUUCUUCUUUCUCUGGCAAUGAAGGGGUAUGUGGAGCACCGCUAAGUGCAUGCUCCUCCCCAAAAAAGAAAUCAACUGCGAGUAUUGUUGCGGCAGCGGUUCUUGUUAUUGUAGCACUGAUAGUGAUUGGAGCAGUAAUAUUGUUAGUCCUGCAUCAAAGAAGAAAACAAGCUGGGCUAGAAGUGUCUGCGGAGAAUCCAUCAUCAAUAAUGUUCCAAUCCCAACAGAAAGAAGCCUCGUCGUCAGAUGAAGGAAGUCGGGGGUCGCCUACUAGCUCGAGCCACAGAAGCAGAAGCUUGAGGCUAUUGUUUGUGAGGGAUGACAGAGAGAAGUUUGAUUAUAAUGAACUGUUUAGAGCCUCAGCAAAGAUGUUGGGCAGUGGUUGUUUCAGCUCUUCCUACAAGGUUGCUCUGUUGGACGGACCAGAGAUGGUGGUGAAGAGAUUCAAGCAGAUGAACAAUGUAGGGAGGGAGGAGUUUGAUGAGCACAUGCGACGGAUUGGAAGGUUGAAUCAUCCUAAUCUGCUUCCUCUGGUCGCCUACUACUACAGAAAGGUGGAGAAACUCUUGGUUACUGACUUUGUUCACAAUGGAAGCUUGGCCGUUCGCCUUCACGGAUACCAAGCUCUAGGACAAGAAAGCCUGGAUUGGGCAAGCCGGUUGAAGAUAGUGAAAGGCAUAGCAAAAGGAAUUGAACAUCUGUACAAGGAGAUGCCAAGCCUAAUUGCGGCACAUGGACAUCUAAAGUCCUCCAACGUUCUUCUGAGUGAAUCUUUGGAGCCCAUCCUGACAGAUUAUGGGUUGGGGCCAGUGAUAAACCAGGACCUUGCACCUGAAAUCAUGGUUAUCUACAAGUCCCCAGAGUAUGUGCAGCAUGGGCGCAUCACAAAGAAGACUGAUGUGUGGAGUCUUGGGAUACUCAUUCUGGAGAUUCUCACUGGCAAGUUCCCUGCUAACCUUCUACAAGGCAAAGGGAGUGAGUUGAGUUUGGCAAAUUGGGUGCAUUCGGUUGUCCCCCAAGAGUGGACUAGAGAGGUGUUUGAUAAGGACAUGGAUGGAACCAAUAACAGUGAGGGGGAGAUGGUCAAGCUUUUGAAGAUUGCAUUGGCUUGUUGUGAAGGAGAUGUGGACAAGAGAUGGGACUUAAAAGAAGCAGUAGAAAGAAUUCAUGAGGUCAACGAGGAGGAGGUGAAGUCAUCACUUUCUCCAUGGAUGGUUAAUUGAAUGAGGCUUGCCAAGACAUCAUUCUUACUUGGAUUUCGUUUCUCUCUCCCCUCAAAGAAAUAUGCUACGGCAUGAAUGAAUGGAAAUGCAUGGUUCGUCCACGUUACAUUAUUGGGUUUCUAUGUUUUAACCUGAAAUUUCCCAGUACUGUAAGGUGCCACCAAUGGAAAUUUUGAGGGCAACAACAACCUAAGGCCAAUCAUGUCAUGAGAUGGAUUUUGAGGUUGAAUCAACUCCUUUUUUUAGCUGAUUAAUAUAUCUUGGCAUUUUUGCAUUGCCAAUGCCAUCCAUA